UGAUACGUUAAGAAUCUGAGAUCGAUUGAUAUUUGACGGUCGCAUCCACACCCGUUCAAACCCGAGAACGACCCCCCUCCUUUCUUCUCGAACCGUCUCAUCGCCCGCCGGCCGAUCUCCGGCCGAUCCCCGCCGGAACCUCCCGCCGGAAGCCAUGAGCCACCCCGAAUCCGAUCCGGCUCACCCGCCGAAAACCUCGCCCGACCCCGAUCCCAAGCGCGACGCCGCCACCGCCGCCGCCACCGCCACCGCCGCCGCCGCCGCCCCCCACUCCGCCGAUUACGCGCCCUACCCCACGCUCGACCCCAACGACGUCGCCCCUGCUCCCGAGGUCCCCCGUGCUCCAAUCUCCGGCGUCGCCGCUACCUCCAUGCCCUCGGAGUCGAAUCCCUACGUCGCCCCGGCCCCCGCCCCCGCUCCGCAAUCGUCUGUCAAGAAUACGAUGGAGUCGGUGAAGGAUGUGCUCGGGAGAUGGGGAAAGAAGGCGGCCGAGGCGACUAAGAAGGCCGAGGAUCUCGCUGGGAACAUGUGGCAGCACCUGAAAACGGGCCCCAGCUUUGCUGAUGCUGCUGUCAGCAGAAUUGCUCAGGGAACAAAAGUUCUGGCAGAAGGCGGAUACGAGAAGAUUUUCCGGGCUACUUUUGAAACCGUUCCUGAGGAGCAGCUUCUGAAGUCAUUUGCAUGUUAUUUGUCCACGUCUGCUGGUCCGGUGAUGGGCACUUUAUACUUGUCUACAGCGAAGCUUGCAUUUUGCAGCGACAAUCCUCUUUCCUACAAAACUGGUGAUGAGACUGAAUGGAGUUACUAUAAGGUGGUCAUACCGUUGCAUCAACUGAAGGCAGUCAACCCAUCAACAAGCAGGGUCAAUACAGCUGAAAAGUACAUCCAGGUUAUUUCUAUUGAUAAUCAUGAAUUUUGGUUCAUGGGCUUCGUUCAGUAUGAUAGUGCGGUGAAAAAUCUUCAAGGAGCAGUACAGCCCAAUUCGCAUGCUGUGUAGCUUAUCUCUUUAUUGUGGCCCGAGGCGCACUUUGCUCCAAGAGUUGCAUGCAAACUAUACUCUGCACAAUGUGACAUCUCGAAAUUAGAUACAUCUCGUGAUGUGCUCUGCUCUGAUUGGUUCAAUAUUGUAAUGUUUAUGUAGAUUGUAAGAUUUUCCUAUAAUAUAGAUGUAAUGAACCGAGAGCAAACUUGAAUUUCAACUUGGUAGAUGAUGAUGGAAGUCCUUGUUAAGAAGAAGGCUAUUGUUUUUGUUCCUUGAUUGUAAAAUGAUUUUUUUUUUCCCAUCCCUUUGAAAUAUCAAAUAAUGCUAUCUAGUGUUUUACU